AUGGCGGUUGAGGAGGACAAAGGCACGGCGGCGGCGAGUGGGAGAAAGAGCUUGAGAGGGAGGAAGAAGGGGAUGACGGUUCCAAGAUUGGAGAAGGCGCAGGGGUACCUGCAGCGGACGCGGCGCCUCCACCUCAGCCACCACGCGCCCUCAUGCAGCCCCUUCGGGUGUGGCUGCUCUGGACAUGGCCCCGGCGUGGCCCCCGGCGUGGCCUCCUAUGGCCCCGACGCGGCCCCCUGCGGCCACCACUGGCGCGGCCCCGGCGCGGCUCACCGCGGCCCCCACGGGCGCAGGCGCGGGCCCCUCUGCGUCGGCCUCCACGGGAGCGGCCCCUAUGGGCGCGGCCGCCCUGCCCCCGGCCCCUUGGGCGGUUUCUCGGGGGACCCGGCUCCUCCUGCGGCGGGCGCUGCACCGGCCGUGACGGACCCUUCACCACCCUCGUCCGUUGCUCCCACCGUGGUCGACCCGCCCCCGCCGCGGUCGACCCGUCCCCUGCUGGCAUGA